AUGAGUCCAAGUUACCCUUCAUAUACUUUUGUGCAUGUGAAAUUGUAUUUACACGAUGUCAAUGACAAUGUCCCAUUCUUCACCUCAUCUAUUUAUGAAGCCUCAGUAACAGAGGGAGCUGAUAUUGGGACAUUUGUCAUUCAGGUCUCUGCCACCGACCUUGACCUUGGUCAGAAUGGUGAGAUAACUUACUCUAUGUUACAUGACCAUAGUGGAGACUAUACAUGUUUUCGCUUGGACUCGCAGACAGGCUCAAUAUACACUACCUCAGUGUUUGAUAGAGAGAAGAAGGGAUCUUAUCUUUUAGAAGUUGAGUCAGUUGAUGGCUCUGAAUCAGCUCGACCUGGAAAACAUGGGAGGCCAAAUUCUGACACAGCCUAUGUGCGUGUUUUUAUCACUGAUGUGAAUGAUAACAAACCUGUCUUCACUCAGAGUGUCUAUGAAGUAAAUGUGGAUGAGGAUCAGGAUGUGGGCUCAACUGUCAUUACAGUCAAUGCUAAUGAUGAAGAUGAAGGAACAAAUGCUAAGUUACGUUAUCAGAUCACUGCUGGAAACACAGGAGGAGUGCUUGGUGUACAACCAGAAACGGGAGCUAUUUUUAUUGCCCAGCCGCUGGAUUACGAAGAAACAAAAAUUUAUGAGAUCCACUUGUUGGCUUCUGAUGGGAAAUGGGAAGAUUAUGCAGUUACCAUCAUCAAUGUUAUGAAUAAAAAUGAUGAGUCUCCAGUUUUCUCUAUCAAUGAGUACUAUGGAAGUAUAAUUGAAGAACUGGAUGGGUUACCAGUCUUUGUGCUUCAGGUUAUGGCAAAUGAUCCUGAUAAUAAUGUGGAUGAAGGAGAUUUGAGUUACUCGUUGCACGGGCAUGGCGCUGCUGAUAUUUUCACAAUAGAUGAGAACACAGGAAGCAUUUAUGCACACAAGGUGCUGGAUCGGGAAGAAAGAGCACUUUGGAGAUUUGUUGUCUUGGCUACCGAUGAAGGUGGAGAAGGACUUACAGGAUUUGCUGAUGUAAUUAUUAAUGUGUGGGAUAUAAAUGACAAUGCACCCAUGUUCACAUGCAUGCCUGAUGAUUGCAAUGGGAGUGUCUUUGAAAAUUCUCCUGCAGAUACAUUAGUCAUGGAGAUGAGCGCAGUUGAUCGCGAUGAUCCGAAUGUAGGUCUUAAUGCUGUUUUGACUUACACGAUAACAGAGAAUGUAAAAAAUGAGUUAGGUAGUGACAUGUUUAAUAUCAACCCCAAUACCGGUACUAUCCGUGUGGCGGGGGGAGUUAUAGACAGAGAAAGGACUGCAAUUUACUUUCUUACUGUUGAAGCAAGGGAUGGGGGAGGGCUAACAGGAACUGGCACUGCCACCAUCUGGAUUGCAGAUGUCAAUGAUCACGUACCUAAUUUCACAAAAGAGAUGUGGCAGGCGGCAAUUCCUGAAAACAGUGCCAUCAACUCAGAAAUUCUGCGAGUGUCUGCUACAGAUGCAGACGGUGGGGAAAACGCUCACUUAACAUUCAGUAUCAUCAGGGGAGACCCAGAUCAGAAGUUUUAUAUUGAGAAUGACAAAGAAUGGCAAUGUGCCACUAUCCGACUGAAAAAAAAAUUGGAUUUUGAGAAAGCACACGAAAGACAGUUUAAUCUUACUAUUAAAGUGGAAGAUCUUGAUUUUUCUAGCACUGCUACGUGCCUGAUUGAAGUUGAAGACUCUAAUGACCACAGUCCAGUUUUCCAUUCUCAGCUUAUUCAGACGAGCCCUGUUUUUGAAAACAUGCCUGUAGGUACUACGGUAACCACAGUGAGAGCAACAGACAAGGAUUCGGGUUUGAAUGGGAACAUUAUAUAUUCUAUAAAGUCAGAUUCAGAUCCUAUGAGGCAAUUUGUCAUUGACCAGCAUGGUCAUGUGAUUGUGGCAAAUAAACUAGAUCGUGAAGUCAUUCAGAAAUACAGUUUAAUUGUGCAAGCUUCAGAUCAAGGGACACCUGCUGAAACUGGAAGUGUUACAGUUUUAAUUAACUUGCUUGAUGUUAAUGACAACGGACCAAGGUUUGAGGCACCAUACAUGCCAAUAGUUUGGGAAAACAUGUUGAGCCCUGAAAUAGUGCAUAUGAAUCAUUCAUCAAAACUACUUCAUGCAUACGAUCCAGACAGCAAGGAAAAUGGGCCACCGUUUACAUUUUCACUGCCAUCAGAUUAUCAGAAUUCUUUGGAUUUUUCUCUUACUGACAACAGAGAUGACACUGCAACUGUAACUGCUUUGAGGUCCUUUGACAGAGAAAAGCAGAAGGUGUUUCAUCUGCCAAUAGUUAUAACAGAUAGUGGGAUUCCAGUUAUGAGCUCCACAAACACCUUAACAAUAACAAUUGGUGAUGAAAAUGACAACUGCCAUGAAUCUGGCCAUAAGGAUAUUUAUGUUUACAGUAACAAAGGAAAAUGGUCAACAACAGUGCUGGGGGAAGUGUUUGCACCAGAUCAGGAUGAGUGGGACAAUAAAACAUUUCUCUCUGAAGGAAAACUGUUCAAGUCUUUCAGAUUAAAUCAGAGAACUGGUUCGUUGAUGAUGGUGGAUAAUGCUCCUCAAGGAAUAUACAACUUAAAAAUCAGAGUUUCAGAUGGACUUUGUCCUGAUGUUAUAUCUACAGUACAAAUCCACGUCAAAGAGCUGGAAAAUGAAGCCAUACAAAACUCAGCCACUGUGCGUCUCUCAGAUAUCACUGCAGAGGAGUUUAUACAGAGUGGUGAACAUGGCAAAAACAGAUGCAACAUGUUCAAGGAAUUACUGGCAAAAAUGCUAUCAGUUAAGUUUAGCGAUAUCAUUGUCUUCGGUUUGAUGAACACUGAUGGAAAACAGGCAGAUGUAAGAUUUGCAGUUCAUGAUGGCUCAGCUUAUUACAGACCUGAGAAACUGCAUGCUGAGAUGGCAGCCUUUAAAAAUGAGAUCCAGUCAGCUUUACAAGUGAGCAUCUCACAGAUUGAUGUGGAUGAAUGUAGGAGCGCAAACUGUAGCGAGGGCAGUGGUUGUACAAACCACCUCUCUGUGAGCAACAUCCCAACGGUGGUGGAUGCAGGGAGAGUGUCGUUGGUGUCUGUGACGACCACCAUCAGCGCUGUCUGCACCUGUGCUGCCAGGAACCGAGUCCAUCAGCCUUGUUCCUCCUAUGCCCACGGCCCUUGUCUCAACGGUGGGAUGUGUAUUGACACUUUGAAUGGUUACAGAUGUCUUUGUCCUGCUUCAUUUCAUGGACCAGACUGCCAGCAGACUAAGCACAGUUUCCAUGGAAAUGGUUAUGCAUGGUUUCGUCCUAUCAGGCCUUGUUUUGAAAGCUCACUUUCUCUAGAGUUUAUUACUGCAGUUCCAGAUGGACUUCUAUUAUACAGUGGUCCUUUAUCAAAUCCAGAACCUGGGAAUACAGAAAACUUCAUUGCAAUAGAGCUCUCCAGUGGCAUUCCUGUGCUGAAGAUGAGCCAUGGCUCAGGUUCUGUGAUGCUGCAGUUUCCAAGUCACCUGAAUGUCACAGACAAAAAAUGGCAUCAACUGGAAGUGAGAACCAAUGACCAGGUCAGUUAUUUGAUUUUCCCCUUCAGAAUAUUGGCAUUUACCUAUGCAGGUACAUGAAAGUAGAGAAAAGAGACUGGAUAAUUCUAUGUAUUAUUCUAACUAUCCUUGUAGAUUUAAUGAGUAAUAUGAAUUUUGGGAAGGAAGCAUUGUCAAUUUCAAAUCCACUUAUGUUGUAAUCUUCUAUAUUCAUGGAUCAGAGUAUCAUUGGGACACUGAAAUCAAUGACCUAUGUGCAAAAAGCAUUUGCUUACUUGCAAAUGCAGUUACAGAUUUUGUAGAAAUGGUUGAAAUACUUGGAGGUAAAAAUUAAAUCUUUUU